AUGCAGCUCCCCAAAGAGGGUGGGCUUCUGUACAGAAUAGUCGCUGCUGAGCCGACCCUGCGGUGGGAUCGCUGGGAGCGGGACCGGGGCCAAGAGGCGCUGCGGCGAAGCUCUCCAUCCGCCCUGCGGCGCCCCAGCCGUCUGCGUCCACGAGAGUCGGACCACGCUCCCCGCAGCCAUGCCUUCCUCGCUCCGGGCGACCGCGAGAGUGCGGUGGAGACCGCUUCCUAUCGCGUUGCAGGGGCGUGGUCACUCCGGUGGGGCGGGGCAAGUGGGGUGAGCCACCCACCUGGGGACCAGCGGCGCACCCCGCCUGGCCUUACGGGCAGUGGGAGACCUUCGCGGCAUCUGGGAAGAGCGGCCUUGAGCCAUCCCUCCGUCCGCAGACCCCUGCCCGGGAUCCGGAAUCCGAGAUCCGGCAUAACAGGUGCGGGGCUCGAGGGACACCGCGCUCCUGGCCACGGGCUUCCAUGCAGGAAGACGCUAGAGCCCGAGAGACCUCACCGCUGCGAAGAACCACCGGAGGACUGCGUCCCGUGUCAGAUGCGCCCGGCCCGUGGACUGAGCCCCCAGUGUCAUCCCGGGAGGUUGAUUCAGUUAUCCGGGCCUCUUCCCACGCUCCAGGGCCCGUCACAUGGGCGCUGCGCGCACGCCUCCUCUUCCUCAGUAAACCACCGGCGUCUGCCCUCGGGGAGGAUGAGGGGGACUUGCGUGGAGAGCAGGGAGAGAAGGCAGGGCCUUCAGCUCUCUCCCUCUCCGUGGGGAGUCUCCACAAACCCAGGCCUCAGCCAGGACACCACUCCUGUGCGGUAACCAGCGAAUCACAUCUUCAUUUUU